UCCUGCGGAAAAUCCCCGAUUACCGUUGAGUGCCUGUCCCUUAUCCGAACCUUGAACCAUAAUAUCCAGGCGCCAAUGGCUCCACUAUCUUUGAAUCAAGUUGUGAUGGUUACAUAUUCAGGCCUUUCGGGAUAAUGAACCGCGAGAUAAAGUGAGGGGAAUGAGGUGGUGGUGGGUGGUAAUGAUGGACUGCGACCAUGUGGUAUCGUUCAUCCAGCUUGAUAUACCGGGAAGUGCCCGUUUCCUGUACAUGUUAUCUCGUUGUCUUUUUUCUGUUUUAUUUUGGUUUGUUUUGUUGUUGUCACGUCGGUAGUCUCUCCAGAGUUUCUUACCUUCCAACUAUCGAGUGUUCCAACAAUCGGGUGAGGCCAAAGACCGUGAACGCCUACCUCUUUACCAUACCUACACUACAUCAUACCCAUCAAUAGCCGCACCAACAUGAACACCAACAAACCCUUGGCCACCAACAACACCACGACCCCGGAAGGCGUCCCCGGCCUCCUCCUCGGCCAUUCAACCCCCCACCCCUUUUCCCUCAUCAACCCCCUCUCCACCCGCUCCUCCGUCCAGUCCCUUCUCCGCACCCUCCUCGACCCCCUCCUCCCCUUCUUCUCGCCCCUCAAAUCGCGCAUCCGCAUCCCCGGCGCCACCGCCGUCCGAUUCGACCAAACCGCUUCCGAAAUCGAGGGACUUGCCCGUCCACUCUGGGGACUGGCUUGUUUGCUGGCGGGAAGCGGGGAGUAUGAACACAAAGAUUGGUGGAUCGAGGGGAUUAGGAACGGGGUUGACGAAACUUCAAAAGAGUUUUGGGGGUGGCCGAGGGACAAUGAUCAGCGGAUGGUGGAGAUGUGUCCGUUGGGGUUUGCGCUGGCGGUGGUGCCUGGGUUGUGGGAGGGACUUGGGGAGACGGGGCAAAGAGGGGUUGAGAGAUGGCUUGGGGAAAGUGUGAAUGAGAAGAACAUGCCCAACACUAAUUGGCUGUGGUUCCGAGUCUUUGCCAACCUUGGAUUGAAGAAGAAUGGUGGAAAGUUCUCCCAGGAGAGAUUGGAUGCUGAUAUCGAGCAUCUCAAUACGUUUUACCGCGGUGAUGGGUGGUCUAAUGAUGGCCCGGAGGGUAUUCAUCAAAUGGAUUACUACUCUUCGAGCUUUGCCAUCCACUUCCUUCAGCUACUUUAUGCAAAACUAGCUGGCCAAGAUGAGCCCGAACGGGCUGCCGAGUUUAAGAGGAGGGCACAGGUUGCCGCAUUGGAUCUGGUACACUACUAUGACAAAGAAGGCCGCGCCAUCCCCUUUGGCCGAAGUGUCGGCUACCGCUUCGCCAUGGUCUCCUUCUGGGGCGCCCUCGCCUACGCCGACGUCGAGCUCCCCGCCCCUCUCACCUGGGGCAUGGUCAAAGGUAUCGUCCUCCGCCAUCUCCGAUGGUGGCAAACACAAGACAACAUGUUCAGCCCCGCCGGCACGCUCACCAUCGGCUACUCCUACCCCAAUAUGUACAUGGCCGAGAACUAUAACAGCCCCGGCUCCCCUUACUGGGCCUGUCUAGCCUUCAUCUGUCUCGCCGUGCCCGAAACGCACCCCUUCUGGACCUCCUCCGAAGAAGACCCGUGGCCGGUCAUCCCCGCCGUCAAACCGCUCCCGCAACCGGGUCACAUCAUGAGCAACCUCGGCGGCCAUUGCAUGCUUCUCUCCUCUGGCCAAGCCUGCUCCUACCCGAUGAAGGGCACCCACGCCAAGUACGGCGCCUUCGCUUACUCCUCCGCCUUUGGCUAUUCGGUUCCCCCGGGCUGUUUCACGCUCGAGCAAUACGCCCUGGCCUCACAACUGGGAUUCUCUGAUGACGGAGGCGAGUACUGGAAGACUCGCCGACUGUCCACCUCCCGUCUUGUCUCUAAUGAAAACAACCCCGUGCUCAUCUCCGACUGGACACCUUACCCAGACGUCUUCAUAACCACCUACCUCCUCCCGCCCACACCCGCCGCCCCCAACUGGCACCUGCGCGUGCACCACAUCCACGCUCAGGGGCGCGAGGUGAUGACGGCCGACGGGUCGUUCGCGAUCCUCAACGAGCGCACCCCGGACGGUCGGUACCUAGACUUGUACGACGCAGAGAAAUGCGAGGGCACUUUCCCCAAGCUCAUCGGGAACUACGACCUGAACACUCCCGAAGCCUGGGCUCCCGCCAAGAAGGGAGCGUUUGCGGUGUCGAGGGCGGGAGCGGUGGGGAUCAGAGCGCUAGAAAUUGAGAAAGAGACAAGAGGGGGCAGAGAGGCGAUGCUCGUGAAUGCGGAUCCGAACUCGAAUUUGGUGGAGAGUAGGACAACGAUUCCGACGCUGCAGCAUAGGAUUGAGAAGGGGGAAAAGUGGUGGUAUGUAACAGGGAUUUAUGCGAAGCCCGUGGGCGAGGAUGUGGGGAAGGAGAGGUAUUUGGAGGGAUGGGAGAAGGGGCCUGAAGUGCCGAGAUGGCUGAGGGACAUUAUUGAAAAGGAUGGGCAGUGAGAAAGGGCCCAGUUGAUGACGUGGUGAGAAAGAAAGAAACCGGGGAAGUGGCUGCUACAAAUGAAAUGGCCUUUGAAGAUGAGUUUCUGUGUCAUGGGGGUAUCCAUCCCAAUCGCGUUUGAAAUUGGGUGUGUAUUAUACUUUUUGUUGUCGAAGAA